CCUGCCCUCAUUAAAAGCGACGCUGGGACUGCGCCGGUUAUCCUCGCGGGAAAUAAUCAAGCACUGAGUCAAAUUCACUUUGCAGCCCCGCCGCCCACGGGAGCGACGCGCGCGCGGUGGCCGUCAGGCUUUAGUUUGUUGCUGUUCCUCUUUCUCACCGCUAGUGGGCGCCUCAGGUUUCUGGCAGGGCUCCACGCGCUCUCACCGCGGACGGAGGAGGGAACGGCAGAGGCAGAGCGCGGCUGUAGACGGUGGAGCAGCAGCAGCAGCGCAAAAUAAGAGGAAAGUCGACGAGAGAGAGAGUGAGAGAGAGAGAGAGAGAGGGACGAGUGAACGGCGCGGUGCUCCCUGGGAAAAAGCACAGGAGACGCCGGUUUUGGUGGCCGCAGUCGGAGAAGGGGGCGUCCGCGGAGAACCGGGGAUGAACAGCGGGUGAACCGGGCGCUCCUGACAUGAACCGUAAAGCCGCCGUGAAUGACACCGACGCGCUGGAGACCAUGAGACCCAGCCCCGCGGGGCGAAGCCGGCGGCAGAGCGCGUAAGAAGCGCGCGAGCCUCCAGCCGAGCGUGACUGGACAGACGCCGGGAGGGGGGGAGGCUUUUUGAUCCCCUCGUUCAUCCAUCCAUCCCCCCUCCACCUCAGCGCUGAGAAGAGAAGUGCAGAAACUUUCUUUCCCCAUGGCCCUCGUCAUGGAACCUGUUAGCAAAUGGAGUCCCAGCCAGGUGGUGGACUGGAUGAAAGGGCUGGAUGACUGUCUGCAGCAAUACAUUAAGAACUUUGAGCGAGAGAAAGUGGGUGGGGACCAGCUGCUCCGGAUCACCCAUCAGGAACUGGAGGACCUCGGCGUGUCCCGCAUUGGUCACCAGGAGCUCAUCCUGGAAGCUGUGGACCUCCUGUGUGCUCUGAACUAUGGGCUGGAGACAGAGAAUCUGAAGACCCUCUCCCACAAACUCAACGCCUCUGCCAAGAACCUGCAAAACUUCAUCACCGGCCGCCGGCGCAGUGGACACUACGAUGGACGCACCACCCGCAAACUGCCCAAUGACUUCCUCACCUCCGUAGUGGACCUGAUCGCUGCCGCUAAGAGCCUCCUGGCCUGGCUGGAUAGGUGCUACUUCUUUUUCAGGUCACCUUUUGCUGCCGUGACGGACUACUCAGUGACCAGGAACAACGUCAUCCAGCUGUGUCUGGAGCUCACCACCAUAGUACAGCAGGACUGCACUGUCUAUGAGACGGAGAAUAAGAUCCUGCAUGUGUGUAAGACCCUAUCAGGAGUGUGUGACCACAUCAUCUCUCUAUCGUCGGACCCUCUGGUUUCUCAGUCAGCUCAUCUGGAGGUGGUUCAGCUGGCCAACAUCAAACCUACUGAGGGUCUGGGUAUGUACAUCAAAUCCACAUAUGACGGCCUUCACGUAAUUACUGGAACCACUGAGGGAUCUCCAGCUGACCGCUGUAAAAAGAUCCAUGCUGGUGAUGAGGUCAUCCAGGUGAACCAUCAGACAGUGGUGGGCUGGCAGUUGAAAAACUUGGUAAACUCUCUGCGCGGGGACCCUGGAGGGGUGACGCUGACGCUGAAAAAGCGUCCCCAGAGCACUCUCACCUCCGCCCCGGCCCUGCUAAAGAACAUGAGGUGGAAGCCCCUGGCCCUGCAGCCUGUUGCUCCCAAGAGCCCCACCAGUAGCUCGGCCACGCCCACCAGCACCAUUAGCACACCCUCCAAACGGGAUAGCUCUGCCCUCCAGGACCUCUACAUCCCUCCUCCUCCAUCUGAGCCCUACACGCCCAGGGAUGAGCAAGGGAAUCUGCCUGGUGAUGACAGAGGUCAGGGAGGAAUUCCGGCAGCCAAAGGCUCAGAGUCUCCCAACUCCUUUCUGGAUCAGGAGUACCGCCGCCGCUUCCCGCUCAUGGAGGAGGAGGCCGUGCUCUACUGCUACGAAUAUGACCCGAACCGUGGAGGACCUCCUUCUCGCCGAGAGAGCACGCCCACCUACGGUCGCCUGAGGCCCAUCUCUAUGCCCGUGGAGUAUAACUGGGUCCCUGACUAUGAAGACCCAGCCAGACUGAAGAGAGAGGGCAGGAGAGAGAACUCUAUGCUGCGGUACGUGAGUGAAGAGAAGGUUCCAGAGGAGUAUCUGACCAGCCGCAGCGCAAAGCGGGACACGGGCAAGCGGACAAAGAAGAAGAGCGAAAAGGGAGGAAGCCCCGCCCACUACUCCCUGCUCCCUGCCUUGCAGAUGGAGGUCCUGCGUCAGGAGUCCAUGUCCACACCAAGCUCAGAUUCCACUUCGCUGUACCACACAUUCCAGGGUUCCUCCCUAUUGUCCAAGUCCAAGAAGAAGAGCAAAGGAGGUCCCCUGUCUUCCAUCAGUAAGAGGAGAAUUUCGUGUAAAGAUCUGGGCCGGGGCGACUGCGAAGGCUGGCUGUGGAAAAAGAAGGAUGCCAAGAGCUACUUCUCGCAGAAGUGGAAGAAGUACUGGUUUGUCCUGAAAGACGCCUGCCUUUACUGGUACAUGAACGAGGAGGACGAGAAAGCUGAAGGCUUCGUCAGUCUCCCAGAGUUUAAGAUUGACCGUGCCAGCGAGUGCCGCAAGAAGUAUGCUUUCAAAGCAUGCCACCCCAAAAUCAAGAGUUUCUACUUUGCAGCUGAUGGAGUGGAUGACAUGAACAGGUGGCUGAGUCGGCUAAACAUGGCAGCGGCUGGCUACGCAGAGAGAGAGAAGAUCCGUCAGGAGCAGGCUGAUUACUGGAGUGAAAGUGACCAUGAAGACAACGAGACACCAUCUACACCCAAGCAAGACAGCCCACCACCCCCUUAUGACACAUACCCUCGUCCUCCCUCAAUGACCUGUGCAAGUCCGUAUCUGGAGCCCAAGCAUGGCCGCUUGUCGUCCACCGAGACCUCCCAGUCACGAUCAUCUCACGAGGAGUAUCGCUCUGAGCCUCCAGGAGGCGGCAGCAGCAGUGGCGGCGGUUCUCCUGCCCGCAAGUCAGCCAGCCAGCGGCGUUCCUGGCAAGACCUGAUUGAGACGCCGCUGACCAGCUCGGGGUUGCACUACUUGCAGACGCUGCCUCUGGAGGAUGCUGUGUUCUGCGAGCCGGGUGUGGGCCUGUCCCCUGAAUAUAGACGCCAGUCCACACUGCCCGCCCAGCGCACACUCCUGCAGGAGCACUACGGCCCCUUCCCCAUGGCUGAGGGCGAGAGGCUGCGGGACCCUGUGACCGCAGGAGGAAAACCUCGCAGCUUCACGCUGCCACGGGACAGCGGCCUGCAUACACUCCUCACACCCUCCUCCAGCAUGGCCGAGCAACGGGAUCCCCAACGCAGGGAGCUGAGUCGAAGCCACUGCAUCGACAACGGUGGGGAGCAGGACCAGGAGCGGCAGGGCCACGCAGACUCGCUGGGUGACCUGUACCGGGCACUGGAGCGUGCCAGCCUGUCUCCGCUGGGUGAGCGGCGCCUCUCCACCCGUCUAGAAUACAAGCACUCCUUUGUGCGUCGUUGCAACGACCCGCUGCUCAAUGACAAAGUGCAUCGCCUGCGCAUCCUGCAGAGCACGCUCAAGGACAGGGAAGGGGAGAUAGCAGUGAUUGACAAGCUGCUGGCCAAGCCCAAGCUUUCAUCCUCCGAGUUCCAGGAGUGGAAGAGAACGUACCUGGAGCUUUUCUCGGCGGACGCCAAGCAAGAGCGGCAGUCCAGCCCCGUCUCCGAGCCCAGUCCAGGAUCCACCCCGGAACCAACCCCGCGUGCCCCCUCGCUCUCUCACACCCACUCCUAUAUCGAGACUCACGUGUGAUUGGCUUAGUGGGCUGCCUCGGGACCUUUUAAUAACAACCGCAUUCUAUGUAGUAGGAUGCUACGUGUACCUUUGAUCAGCCUGUGCUAUAGGAAAAAGCACCAUUAAUACCUGUUUCUUGCGCAAUUAAUUGUGUAUUCACUUGAUUCUGACAGAGUUCACUGUUGAUUGUGUUGAAAACUCAAAUGUUGGCCUGCAUCCAGGCGCAUAAAUGAAUCAGGUCUGGCCUCAAACUGCUGGACGUUGGCACAGCUAGUAGCCCACUAGUUACCAUGGCUACCAGCCCACCAUUCCCUGAGGGGUUUAGACAAGACUGAGUACUUGGACAGAAACAGAGCCUAGAACCGCAGCAGGACAGAUCCACGGCCUUAUCCAAGAGCAGGACAGACCAACUGAUGGAAUACAGGGACCUCUGGAGAAAAAACCUUCAGACUGUGGAACAAGGCUUUGAUUUGAAAGACAUAAAAGCAGCAUUUAAAGGAGCUACAUGUAAGAUUAAACCCAUAGUGUUGCUUGGGCCCUUUCUGCCUGCCACAACUGAUUAUACAAGCCAAAUGUGAGCAAAUUAAUCAAGUUUUUCUUAUUUGAUCUGUAAUCUCAGGCAGGGCUUUUGAAGAGCUGAUUUAACAACAUCCCGUGGCUCAGGGCCAAAUGUUGCUUAAUGUCUUUUAUUGAAUUAAACAUAAAGAUCUUACCUGUAGCUCUUGGUAAGUGCCGGCAGAUGUGGAUUUUUCUCUCGCUACACAAUGCAGCUCAACCAGCUUCUUCUUUCCUUUUAAGGGAGAUCCCCUUGUGGGCAUAGACACACACACUCAUGUUUGAUCCAUAAUACUAUCUGUUUUAUAGUGUACAUAUUUUAUAUAUAUAUAUAUAUAUAUAUAUAUAUAUAUAUAUAUAUAUAUAUAUAUAUAUAUCAUGCAAAUGUCAGCAACCUUCAUUGAUUUACUUUCCAUUUAAAACAGCCAUGAAGUACAAGUUAUUCAUUUUUAAGGAGGUAUUUCUGAGGAGAUUAGAUGUAAUAUUUUUGCAUAAGGACGAAAAGUCAAAAUAAAAAAAAAAAACAAGAGUUUCCAAAAAAAUGACUUCUAAGAGCCACCUGCAAGACCUGGUAGACCACCAAAGCUUUCCCCAUCAGAUAAA